CGCCACGCCGAAGUAUACAAUUUGUCAAGGGACACACUUAUUGACGUCGCUGAGGUACAGAUGGUGUCCGAUAUGAAAUUCUUCGUGUCACUUUUUGCUAACCGCCAAAUAUGCAGUGCAAUGCAUAGUUUCUGAUAAUCAGGCUGAGGGGAUGCGCGAAGUGAGGUGGACCCUUGUUGGCGGCGGCUAUCGAACGCGUCUCGGACUGUAAGCGUGUAUUUGCACACCAGGCUCGUCGUUCCGCUUGCAUUCCACCUUCGCACCAUUCUCCCUCCCUUUUUUUCUCCUCAAUGCACUUUUCAUUCUUUUCUUGAGACUCGUUUCUCUCUCGUGCCUCCCAACCUCCUAGUCGUCAUCCUAGGAGGGAACCUCCAGGGCCUCUCUUUCCUUUUCGUCCUCAACAGCCUCCCGCCCUGCCUCUCACUCUUUCUGAUUGCUACUGUUGCUCGUUCAUAGAGUAGAACAUCUGCACUGUCCUGGACGCGAGCUCAAUUGAGUCUCGUCCUCUUUCUACAUAGCUGCUCAAGAAAAGAAAGGUUUGAAGUCUUUAACCCGGGUUUCUGUACAAUGGAGUCUUCUCCUCCGAGGAGCAAUUCUGUUGCUCCUGUGGCAGGCGUGAAGCGUCCGGCGUCUCUCUUACCUGCUUUUGAGCCAUUGAAUUCCUCUCCGUCUCUCCCUCGACCGCAAAAGCGUGUAGCACGCGAAGAUGAUGCCGUCGUCUCAACCUAUCCGACUCCCGUCCCGACCUCGUCCACCCAUAUCAUGUCGUCCUCGCCCCCUAGGAUGGCCCUACCUCGUAACCUGUCUCGCCGUACUAUCACCUCCGCCGGCCCCGAACGAAGCCCGCUCUCAGCCGUUCCUACACUGAUGCUCUCUGAAAGCGGCGAGCCCAUCACAAUGGGCAGAUCGAGCGCUUCUUGUCACUACCAACUCGCUCCCAAUCGGAUGAUCUCAAGGAUACAUGUCAAGGCUGCGUAUAAGCCCGCCCCCAAUCCUUUCGACCGGGAUAGAGUGGAGAUAGUCUGCAUGGGAUGGAAUGGAAUAAAGCUCCACUGCCAGGGGAAGACGUAUGAUUUGGCCAAGGGAAAGACAUUCACGUCCGAUAUCAAAGAUGCUGAUAUCAUGAUCGACGUCCAUGAAUCACGGGUUCUUGUUCAAUGGCCACGCGGAGAGAGGAAGGAGGACGCAUCCACAGACUCUGAGCAAACUUGGGAAGAAGCCACUCCGACACGCAAUAAGCAAGCCCGCCGCAGCUUACAAGAUAGUCCCAGUGCUGAACGCAAACGCUUGGCCUCCCCCAUUUCUCCAUCACCCGCCGUUAGGUCUAUUAUGCCUCCGUCGUCCCCUCUUUUCACCCCGACUCGCUCUCGGAAUGCAGUGGUUGUGUAUGAAGAUGAAGGGUCUCCAGUUCGCCGCAGCAACUCUGGUGACGCCCUGAAGCCGUCUUCCGGCGUAGCGUCUCUUCUACAGAGCUCGCAGUCCAGUGACCUAAGUGACCUCAGUAAACCCGAGGACCUGUCAGAUCAUGAUGAGGAGAAUGAUCCCAUUAUCCACUCGUUCGGACCGUUUGGUGAUAACCUUCUUCCUCGCAUGGCCUCCUUCACUGCCGAAUCGCCCCUUCGGCCCACGCGCCCUCGAUCACACAUUCCAUCUCAACCUCUGCAACCUGCUCAGUCCCCGAGGCAACCUUCCCAAACAGAGCCUGCUGAAGAUGAGCUGGUCAAGCCGCCAGUCAUGGACGAGGAUGGUGAACACGUUCAGAACCAUGCUAUCAACCAACUCGCCUUUUCGCGUCUCUCGUCUACACCUUUUUCUACUAUCCUUAGUAACCUCCCUCCCUCCCUCUGGAAAGCCGAUAGUCAGUCAAGGCAUGGACCAUCCAAGGCAGAGAUUCGGGCGAUCCUAGACUCGACCAAGUGCAUCGGCAAGGUUGCCCGUGAAGGCAAAGAUGCUGCUGGGAAACCACUUGAAAGUGAAUACUAUUAUAUUCCCGACUAUGACGAGGACCCGAUGCGUCGUGAGGCUGUUGUUACCGACCUGAGAAAGCCCGGCCUUCGGAAUUGCCGCAAGCAACAUAAGCAAUACUUUUGGCGCAAACCGAAAUAAAUAUCCUAAAGCCAGGAACAGCACUUGUUAUAAUACCCGACAUACUAUUCCGUUCUCAGUACAUACUUAACUGUUUUGGGUUCUAUUUGAUUCCUCUUUUUCCUUUCCUCUAAGGAAUCGCAUAGCGUGGCGUGGGCAUACCCUUUCUGACUUUUUACGUUUUAUAUGGUGUAUGAAGUAUGGUGGCUCUUGUUAUUUCUCUCACAUUGUUCUAUUUUGGCCUAGAGGUCCCGUUUCGUCUCAUUUUAUGUGUGACAAGCCGCUAAACUCUGUCACAGACACUAUCUGUGUGGUCUUUGGGCGUCUGUACGGUGGCUGUCAAGCGUCAAGCGAUCCGAUGGCAUCGGCAUAUUGUACUUGGUUAUUUUUGGAUACAAUUAUGAUCUGUAUGUUUAUGUUACCUUUAGUGGAAUAAAUGAAUAAAAGUAUUAUUACCAUUCAACUAUAUGCUCCUGAACACGAUCCUGAACACGUCCUGAACCCA